AUGCCUCGAAUCCAUACAUUAUCUGAUAUAGGUGAAGGCAAAAAACUUGGAGACAUACCAUCAAAUCGAUAUCCGCCUAGUCGAACGGAACUUGAAAAUCAGCUUGCUUGUGCAAAUCGAGAUCGAGAAAUUGCUAUAGAGUGUGGCAAUCGACUUGCCAAUAAAUAUAAACCCGAGGAUGAUCCUCUUGCAAUUAGAUUAAGAUUCGAUACUCCAUUAGAUUUACGAAAAGAGAUUCAACUAUGA